CCGAUCCUCUCGCUGCGGAACGAAGACGUGGCGCAGAAAAAUAAAAACAUCCAAAUACCACCGAGAAAAGAAUUGACGGGAAGGAGUUGAAUGGCUGCAGCUUCGACGGUGCUCUCCCUCACUCCCGCUUCCCUCAAAACACUAAAUACUGGCCCUAGAGCUCCGGUAUUUCCGGCAACUCUGCUCGCUAAUGGCUCUUCCUCCCAGCGCCGGUGGCUACUCCGUCCGCCUCCCCUCUUCUUCUCACUAUAGGCUUCUUCUUCGCCCCAUAUCCAUCUCCGACUUCCCAAUUCCUAUUAACUUUAGAAAACCUGGAUUCAGAAAUCAACGCUGCUCUGUUAGACCCCUCCGGAGGAAACUGCUGGCUUCCGCCCGGUGUCGCCGUCUGUUGACGAGCGACGAGGAGGAGGCGGUGGGGGAAAGCUUUUUUGAGGCGAUCGGGGAACUUGAGCGGAUGAUGCGGGAUCCUUCGGACGUCCUCGCGGAAAUGACGGGCCGGUUAUCUGCGCGUGAGCUACAGCUGGUGCUUGUCUACUUCGCGCAGGAGGGGAGGGAUUCGUUCUGCGCGCUUGAAGUUUUCGAUUGGCUACGAAGGGAGAACCGCGUCGAUGGGGAGACGAUGGAGUUGAUGGUGUCGAUAGCCUGCGGGUGGAUAGAGCGGAUUAUUGGUGAAGAUCAUGAUGUAGGCGAUAUUGUGGCUCUACUGAACGAGAUGGAUUGCGUUGGAUUGGAACCUGGGUUCAACAUGGUGGAAAAGGUUGUGUCUUUGUACUGGGACAGGGGGAAGAAGGAGGAGGCCGUGGUGUUUGUGAAGGAUGUCAUGAGGAGAGAGGGAGCUGGGGUUUAUGGUGUUGAGGAUGGGUGGAAAAAUGGAAGAGGCGGUGCGGUGGGCUACGUUGCCUGGAAGAUGAUGGUGGAUGGAAACUACAUUGGUGCAGUGAAAAUGGUCAUUGAAUUCAAAGAGACUGGGCUGACACCUGAGGUUUAUAGUUACCUUAUUGCACUUACAUCUUUAGUAAAAGAGCAGAAAGAGUUGUCCAAAGCUUUAGGCAAGUUGAAGGGUGCAUUAAAGGCUGGUAAAAUUGAUAAGCUUGAUAGUGAAAGUAUCAGUUAUAUAAAUAAUUAUCAGGCAGAGCUCAUAAGAUAUGCUGUUAACUUGUCAGAGUGGGCAAAUGAAGCAGGAAAUACAAGAAUUUCUUCUGCUGUAUAUGAGAGGCUUCUUGCAAUGUAUGCUUGUGCUGGCUUUGGACUGGAAGCUGAACAGCAAAUAUGGCAAAUGAAGCUCUUAGGCAAAGAACCAGAUAGAGAUCUUUAUGAUGCUGUUUUGGCCAUAUGCGCAUCACAAAAUGAAGUCAGUGCUGUCCACCGUUUGCUUACUGGUAUCGAGGGUAGAAAUGCAGAACGUAGGAAGAAGUCUUUAUCAUGGUUAUUAAGAGGUUAUCUCAAAGGUGGGUAUUACUUGGAUGCUUCAGAAACCCUUGUGAAAAUGCUCGAUUUAGGUUUAUGUCCUGAAUAUAUAGACAGGGCAGCCGUUUUAGAAGGACUGAGGAAGAUAAUUCAGGUUUCUGGAAACAUGGAACCUUAUAUCAGGCUUUGUAAAUCCCUUUGUGAUAGUGAUCUGAUUGGACCAUGCCUUAUUUAUGUAUAUAUAAAGAGAUACAAGCUGUGGGUUGUAAAUAUGCUUUAAAGCUUUGUUGAUUUGCCUAAUAUGAAGAACAAUAAUAAAUUGGUGAUAUUACAUUG